AAUGGAAGGCGCAUAACGCAUAACCUCACAAAAGAGUAGAGGAAAUUGGAUUGACAGCCAAGAACACAAAACGGCAAAAGAUCUAUUUAACUUUGACACACAUUACGGGUUUCAAGAAUAAUGCAGCUGUUUAGGAUAAUAAACAAUACAUUGACAACAACCACUGUAGGUUUCUAUGAGUCUUUCACACCAAAUUCUGUCUAUACACAAUGUGUACGUUGGAAAAGAAAACCUAUUUGGCUGCCCACAGCAAACAGCAAAGUAUUUCGAGUACCAAAGAGACCUGUUAUACCUGUGGAAGAAGCUCGAGAACUUCAGAGUUUAAAUAAUAAUUACAGAACAUACAUGAGAUCAUUUAUUGAGUAUUUGAAAACAAUUGAAAAAAACAACGCAGAGGUGCAGUUUGAUGAAAAGACUAUUAGAGAAGCCGAAGAAGAAGAUUUUAAAAUAUGUAGCGCUAUAAACGAUGAAUGGAACGCAAAAUUGGCGAAAGAGCGAGAAGUUAGGCUAGAAACAAUAAAAGAAAAAAGAAAAGAGAAAAUCCUACAAAAUAUACUGAGACACGAAGAGAAAGAGGAGAAGCAUAGACAAAAGAUUGAUGAGAAGAUUAGAAAGGCCAAGGAAGAUUCUGCUACAUUUGUUACGUCGGAAAACAUAGAUGCAGCAAUUGAGGAGUGUCUGGCGACUGUAGUCAAUCAUAAUAAAGCUUUGGAUAUGGAAGGAAACUGGUAUGAGGGAAAAUAUCCACCUCCGGAUCCGUUUUUGAAAGAAAUGCAAAAAUCAACGGCGGAGCAAUGAGCGUCCAGAAAGUUGAUGGUCGAAUUGCUCGGAAAAAAAUAAGGCAAUUUUUUAUUGAGAAUAUACUUAUACUUUUUUCCAAGCAUUUUAGACUCCCUUGUUGUAAUAAUAUAAUAAGUAUGAAUUGUAAUUAUUGUAAGUGUGAAAUAAAUAUGUCCGAUUGUUCUUCA